GACAUCAUUCAUGAUCCUGGCCGAGGCGCUCCCCUCGCCAAGAUUGCCUUCCGUGACCCAUACAGGUUUAAGAAAAGAACCGAGCUGUUCAUUGCUGCUGAGGGUAUUCAUACCGGUCAGUUUGUUUACUGCGGCAAGAAAGCUCAGCUGAACAUUGGCAAUGUUCUACCCGUUGGCACCAUGCCGGAAGGCACCAUCGUGUGCUGCCUCGAGGAGAAACCUGGUGACCGUGGAAAGCUGGCCCGUGCUUCUGGAAACUACGCCACUGUCAUCUCUCAUAACCCUGAAACAAAGAAAACCAGAGUGAAGCUGCCUUCUGGCUCCAAGAAAGUGAUUUCUUCUGCAAACAGAGCUGUUGUUGGAAUUGUUGCUGGUGGAGGUCGUAUUGACAAGCCCAUCCUGAAGGCUGGCCGUGCCUAUCACAAAUACAAGGCGAAGAGGAACUGCUGGCCGCGUGUCCGUGGUGUGGCCAUGAAUCCUGUAGAACAUCCCUUUGGUGGUGGUAACCAUCAGCACAUUGGCAAGCCUUCAACCAUCAGGAGAGAUGCUCCUGCUGGGCGCAAAGUUGGUCUCAUUGCUGCCCGUCGUACGGGUAGACUGCGUGGAACAAAGACUGUGCAGGAAAAGGAGAACUAAAGGCCCAGUCUGGAGUUUACAGAAUAAAUUUUUGAAA